AUGCCAAUGGGGUGUUAUGUCGACGGCGUUAGUGUGAACAACAUAAGCUACGCCGACGAUAUGGUGCUGCUGUCCCCCUCUGUCAGUGCACUCAGGAAAAUGCUGAGUGGCUGUGAAGCCUACGCGAAAACUCACGGUCUUGUAUACAACUCCAAAAAGAGCGAAGUCUUAGUCUUCAGGUCAAAGAAAAUGAACCCUGAGCAUUUGCCUGCUAUAACUUUGAAUGGUAAUGACUUACAGAGGGUGUCACAGUUUAAAUACCUCGGGCACUAUGUGACUGAUGACCUCAAGGACGAUCUCGAUUUGGAGAGGGAACGAAGGGCAUUAGCGGUCAGAAGCAAUAUGUUGGCUCGUAGGUUUGCCCGUUGCUCAAAACAAGUUAAAAUCACCCUUUUUAAGGCGUUCUGCCAAGUAUUUUACACGGGUAGCCUAUGUGUCAACUAUACGCUGAAAGCCUAUAAUGCCCUUCGUAUCCAGUAUAAUGAUGCCUUCAGAGUCCUGUUGAGGUUGCCACGGUUCUGUAGCGCGUCAGGAAUGUUUGCCGAGGCGCGUACCGACGACUUUUAUGCGAUCAGGCGAAAGCGGGUCGCAUCUCUUCUAAACCGCAUCCGGCGCAGCGACAACAGGAUACUGAAGGUAAUCGCUGACAGACCAGAUAGUUCCAUCCUGUGCACUUGGGUCAAAGUUAUUAAUUGA